AUGAUUCAUAGACGUCGCGCGUGGAUUUUCAUGUGUAUUUUUCUGCUUUGCUUCUGCGACACUCCAAAGCGUUUGAUCACAGAAGUGGGCUUUGUGGCGGGCUCAUUCAUCAAUGACAUUUAUACACGCCUGCGACGCUUUGUUCUUCUUGCCAGCUUCAUUCUGGUGGAUACUGGUCAAGCCUUUGUGACUGAUUGGGCUGAGAGACGCACAGCCUCUGAUGUUCAAAGCAGCGGCAGAAGGUAUGUGCGGCAAACUGUUUUGGUGUUCGAGGCGUGCUUGGCCAUUGUCUUGGGCUUAUUGAUCCAAUGGCUCAGUGGAGGUCUUGCAGCUGUCCAACAGUGCUUCAAUUUCAAUCAAUUCCUGGAAUUUGCACCAAGUUGCUUGUUCUUUAGCGUUGGAUUAUCUUUAAAGAUGAGGGCCGUAGCGUAUCACAAUGCUGGCACCAUCAAGAUCUUUGGUCAGCUCCGGAUGCCAAUGACUGCGAUCUUGUCGACAAUUUGUUUGGCAAGGCACUAUGACUUUGUCCAGUGGCAGGCAAUUGGCAUCAUCACUGUGAGUUGCUUCGCUUACAUGCAUAUGAAGGAGCAGGAUAAGCUGGAUGGAAAGCUGACACUCACCUGUGGGCAUGGCCUUCUGUUGUGUUGGGUAUUGUUAAACUCAGCUGGUGGUACUUUGGCGGAGUGGGUAUACAAACGUGGAGAACUGGACUUUUUUGCCAAGUUCGUUGCAGAGGACUUUGGCUAUUUGGUCAUUAACUCUUUCAUUUUGAUUCUCAUGGCUUUUUGUGAUCCGAACGAGAACUUCUGUGACCGAGAACGGCGGCCGGGUGGAUUUUUUGAUGCUUGGGACCGGCGCACUGUGGCAUUGGUGUUCAUGCUAUUGCUGGACGCAACUGUUGGAAAUCUACUUCUACAUGAAUUCUCUGCUUUGACCAAGUGCAUCACAAAAGGCUUUUGCGUGGCAAUGGUGUACUUGAUGUCCUUGACCUAUCGGGAUGCCAGACAUUCUGCAAAGUCUGCAUUGAGCUGGUUUGCCAUCCUCGUGAUCCAGUCCUCAUUCUUGUAUUCGACCUUGCCUGGCGAUUGA